AUGAAGGAGAAGAGGGUUAGCAAGGCUUGCGAUGUAUGUAAACACCGCAAGAAACGGUGUACCGGAGAACUCCCAUGCGAUUAUUGUACGAGAAUUGGUAGGACACAAGAAUGUGUAUACCACUCCAAGGUUCCAAGUAAGACUGUCAAAGUUACAGAACGUUAUAUCCUGGGUCUAAAAACCAGGAUUGAAGAAUUGGAACAAAAAUUGAACCAUUCAGGUAGCCCGCAAGGACCAGGUGAAAGCGUUGAAGGUAUUCCUAUUACUUCGAGUGAGGAAUAUAGUACCGAAGUUUUUGAUGAGGUACCUGUUGGAUCUUCUGAAACGUCUUUGAAUUUAGGUGAUUCGGCUUGUGCUAAGUAUCUGAUUAAGAUCAGGCAGUCUUUGGUGAGAUCCUGUCAUAUCGAAGACGAUACCAGUGUACCGAAUUUUAAGACGAUAACUGUGGAGACUUCGCCAAGUGCAGAGAAAAUUGAAGCCAUAGCUGCUGAGUCGCGGCCUUCCAUUGAGAAUGCAGAGAGAUGGAUAGAUGCUGCUUCGAAUGCUAUUGGGGCAGAUUACAUGUUUAUCGAAUCAGAUUACAAAUCUACGGUACUUGCGCCUUUGAUAUAUGAUGGGCUGGGAAAUAAUCUCAGCUUCAUCGACUAUGCCUCAGAAUUGACAAGAUUUUUCUCCUAUCUAGCGCUUGGACGAAUGUUCAUUGAGCAUUCAUCUAAGCAGAAAUCUCGUUCAAAAUUUCCCGGACUAAUAUACUUUGAGACAGUCUUAAAGCUACAAGGCGAGCUUUUAGGUGUAUCUGAUCGCACUGCUAAUGGCUCUCUGGUCCAAUCCUUUCUUUAUGCCGCGUAUUAUGCUCUAUCUCUCGAUAAAUCCUCUCUUGCCUCGAUUUUAGUGGGAUGCGCAAUAAGAAUGAUGUUUGGACUGGGAUUCCAUAAACAUCCAACAACUGCUAAGGAAAACAGGAUCUUCUGGCUUUGUUAUAUAUACGACAGGUUGGUCGCUGUGAGAUUUGGUUUUCCGCUGAACCUUGACGAUUUGGAUGUUGACGUUCUGUCGCUUCCACUAGUUGAUGAGAAGGGAUAUUAUUCUGUGUCGCUCGAGACAUGUCAUUUCGUCUCGCAGGUUAAACUGGCCAGGAUCACUACCAGAAUUUUGAGGUCCAUUUAUACAAAAAACUCAAUCUCAUUCAUUCAAAACUGCAAUGCUGUGCUUAAAGAGUUAAAAACGUGGUUUGACGACCUCCCUCAGAACCUAAUCUUGGAUUUGGAUGAUUUUAAUAUUGAAAAUUCGAGAUCUACGGUCAAUCUGCAUAUCAACUACAACUAUCUGAUAAUAAUAACUACUCGUCCUGCACUCUUCUAUGUGUUCAACAAAAUGCUAGAUGGUGGCAAUGAUGAGAAGAAGCCACGAGGUAUCAUUCAAGUUCUGGUUGACUCCUGCGUUCAGGCCGCCCAUUUGCAGAGUGUAGUACUGGCAAAACUGUACCAUAAAGGCAGUAUGGCAAAAGCGUCCUUCUUAGACUGCCAUUACAUUUUCAAUGCUACAAUUAUUCUGAUCCUAGCUGCUUUCUGCCAGUCCAUGCCCUAUUCUUCAAUCAACCUGAACUGCGAUUUGUCUGCGGUGCUUGAUAGGGUUCAGUUCAAUUUGAACUUGCUACAGAAGCUGUCAAAAUACAACAUAUCAGCUUCUAAUUUCAAUAGACAGCUGACCGAGAUUAUUGACCUUUUAUCCUCAAAAGAAGUGCAGAGUAAGUUUGACGGUGUUUUUUCAACGUUUGAGGGACAUCGUGAACCGAACGAAACUGUACGUGAGAGCAUCGAAUUUGAAUCCCUCGGUCGUAUUGACUUGGGGCGUGUUUUGGACGAUAUUAGUGAUUCCAACUCAAGUGGUUUGGCGCUAUUUGACGAUGAAGACUUCAUGAGAUUUUCUAACUCUUUAUUUUGA